GCUGCGCGGGGUCGCGGAGAAGUACGUCCCUACCUCAGCGGCCUCGCUGCUCUUGCGCGGGUGUCGCGUCAUGGCCAGCUGGGUGUUCUGUAAUCGCUGUUUCCAGCCGCCGCACAGGAAGUCGUCCUUCAGCCUGACCAGCUGCGGGCACGUGUUCUGUGACUCCUGCCUCCGCAAAGGUAAAAAGGAUGAAUGCCUAAUCUGUCAAGUUCCUUGUCAUACAGUUUUACUUUCGAAACAUACUAACUCCAAUAUCCAGGCAUUCUUUCUGGGCAUAGAUGGUCUGUGUAAGAAGUAUUCCCAGGAGACCUCUCAGAUUUCAGAAUUCCAAGAAAAACACAGGAGGAGAUUAGUGGCUUUCUAUCGAGAAAAGAUUUCUCAGUUGGAGGAGUCCCUCAGAAAGUCAGUGCUACAAAUCAAGCAACUACAAAGUAUGAGGUCAUCACAACAAGCAGCUUUCAGCACAAUUAAAAAUUCAGUUUCAGCAAAGCCAAAUGGAUUUCUCUUGCUGCCACCAAACUCUUCACUCCCUGACAGAAUAGAGUCAAUGGAAAUUGACCUGACUCCUCCAGCAAGAAAGCCUGAGAUGGCAGCAGGCCCUUCAAGAAUCUCUCUGAUUAGUCCACCUCAGGAUGGUCGGAUGGGCAGCGUCUCCUGCCGGGGAACCCAGCAUCUCAGCUUGACACCCAGCCAUGCAAACAUGACAAAGGCUAUCAGAGUCCCACCGUUGCAGAAGCCCUACAAUGAAGCGUCUCCAGCUCCAGUAUCACAGCUGUCCAGCAGAGCAGCACAAGGGCCUUCCCCCAGCCCUAGCAGUUCUUGGGCUGGACCGCCCCGGCAGCCCAUCAGCAUCUCAGGGCUGAUGCAGAGGCAGUGUGCAGGGUCAGCAUCUCCUGCGGGGAUGGACAGUGAGAAGAGGAGUCCAUUUUUACCCUCCACACCCACAAAUCUACGCUCUAUAGCCAGCCCCUGGCAUGUGUGCAUUCAUCGUUAAAUAUCACUGAACAGUUCAUUCUAGAGAGAUGCUGUAACUAAAUAAAGUAGCUGUCUGGAAAAAUAGCUGUCUGGAUAGCCUUGUAGAAUUUUUUGGCAGUUGUAUUCUUCCUGACACUAUAAAACUCUCCUAAAUGUGUGUGUGGAGGCAAAGUGAGCAGCCCCCUGAAGCUCACUGUCAGGGAUCCCCAGAUGCACCUCUCUGGGAUUCAGGUCUGCCAGGCUUGUGCCCACAGCAUAAUGUAUGUACACAGCCUCACCUCUGCUGUCCCAGAAGGGCUAUGUGACCCAGGCAUGGCUGUCCCAUAGGAGUGUACUUGGUCCCAGAAGUAACAUACCUGUUGAAGUUGCAUCCAUUCCCAGGAUUUUUUUGUAAAAAUAUUUUUAUAAAUUCUUUGUGAAUUUUAUGCAAUAUAUUUGAUCAUAUUCACCACUUAUUCUUCUCCUUUAAAAUUAUUUACAUUAUUUUACUUUGUGUAUGUGUAAGAGAGAAAAUCCAUACAUGUAGGGGAGUGGGCUCUACCAAGUCCAGAAGAGGGCAUUAGAUCCCUUGGACCUGGAGUUAUAGAUGUUUAUGAGUCACCUAAAUCUGAACUCCAGUUCUCCAGUUCUUUUUCUUGAUAUUUGGUGUCGUUGAAGGAGAGGGGUAAUUGGUUUUCCUGAGACAGGGUCCCUCCCAUAGCCCUGGCUAUCCUGAAACUCACUAUGUAGACCAGGCUGGCCUGGAGCUCAUAGAGAUCUUCCUGCCUCUUCCUCCCUAAUGCUGAUAUUAGGCGUGUGUCACUAUGUCCAGCUAGCAAGCACUCUUAAUCACUGAGCUAUCUCUACAUCUCAAAUUCCCAGAAGUUUAUAAAAUAUUAUAAAAUCCAUAUGUAUGAUGCGUUUUUCUGUCAUAUAAUAAAUAUGUGAUUACUGAAUG